AUGUGUUCCCUUCUGCAGUCUCAAAUCGCCGAUUGCGUUGUUCUUCCUCUCCCAAAUCGGAGACCCAGAUGCAAAGUCCCUCCUCUCCUUCGUUUACACUCCGGGAACCGGCAAAUGCUCCAGUUGGCUUCUUCUGCUCAAGCGGCGCCGUUUCUUCAUUGGUGUAACGGAGCUGUUAUUCCGCUCGACGCGUGGUGUCCGAGUCCAACUCAUGCAGCACAAUCAGGCCGCGCGGCUUUCACCGCAUCGCUGCUGACACCUUCGCCGAUUCGGUCUCCGCCACCUCUUUUCUUUUCGUAUGGUUAG